CAAGGGAAGGGGGCGGCGAGAGCUAGCGUGCUGAAGCCUAGAGGAGGGAGAAGGAGGAGAGUCCGCGCUGAGCAGAGGGAGGCGCGUGCGCGCGCGAGCGAACACCCACUCGCAUCCGACCCCGGUGGCGCGGCGCGGGGAGGCAGCAUCUGAGACAGCACCAGGUCUGAGCUCCGCAUCCCGCCCAGUCUGCCCGCCGGCGCCAGGACUGCUGAGGAUGGAGGAUCCCCGAGAGACCUCCCCGUCCUCCAACAACUCCUCUGAAGAGCUCAGCUCUGCCCUGCAGCUGUCCAAGGGCAUGUCCAUCUUCCUCGACAUCCUAAGGAGAGCAGACAAAAAUGAUGAUGGAAAAUUGUCCUUUGAAGAAUUUAAAGCAUAUUUUGCAGAUGGAGUUCUCAGUGGAGAAGAACUACAUGAGCUCUUCCACACCAUUGACACACACAACACCAACAAUCUCGACACAGAAGAACUAUGCGAAUAUUUUUCUCAGCACUUGGGUGAAUAUGAGAAUGUACUGGCUGCCCUUGAAGACCUGAAUCUCUCCAUCCUGAAGGCAAUGGGCAAGACAAAGAAAGACUACCAAGAAGCCUCCAAUUUGGAACAAUUUGUCACGCGAUUUUUGUUGAAGGAGACUCUGAAUCAGUUGCAGUCUCUCCAGAACUCUCUGGAAUGUGCCAUGGAAACUACUGAAGAGCAAACCCGUCAAGAAAGGCAAGGGCCAUCCAAGCCAGAAGUCCUGUCCAUCCAAUGGCCUGGAAAGCGAUCCAGCCGCCGAGUCCAGAGACACAACAGUUUCUCCCCCAACAGCCCGCAGUUCAAUGUCAGCAGUCCAGCAUUGUUAGAAGAAGACAACCAGUGGAUGAUUCAGAUAAACAGACUCCAGAAAUUAAUUGAUAGACUGGAAAAGAAGGAUCUGAAACUUGAACCCCUGGAAGAAGAAGUUAUUGAAGAGAACACUAAACCUCACAUCAUGCUUGUGCAGCGCCAGAUGUCUGUGACAGAGGAGGACCUGGAAGAAUUCCAGCUUGCUCUCAAGCACUAUGUGGAGAGCGCUUCAGCUCAAAGUGGAUGCCUGCGUAUCUCUAUACAGAAGCUCUCAAAUGAAUCUCGCUACAUGAUUUAUGAGUUCUGGGAGAAUAGCAGUGUGUGGAACCGCCACCUCCAGACAAAUUACAGCAAGACAUUCCAAAGAAGCAACGUGGAUUUCUUGGAAACUCCAGAGCUCACCUCUACGAUGCUAGUUCCUGCUUCAUGGUGGAUCCUGAACAACAAUUAGAUGCUCCCACACAAUGUCUUUGUUGUUCCAAGUGCAAGUGUAAACUGUGGUUGUCGAUCAGCUGGACACUUUGUUCCCUGUGGUGUUAGCACACUCUUCUAAAGUGUAUUCUGUAACUAUUUUCAGUUGUUACUCUUGAUAUUUGAUGGGAAUUGAUCUGCUAUAUUGUAAUCAAUCAUAGCAAAAUCCAAAUAUACGAAAAUGGUAUAUACAUAUAAAGUAAUAAAAUAUGAUAAUUAUGGUAAAAAUGCUAAAUGGGAACUUCUAAAGAGUCGUAUCAUAGGCCAGGGUUUGUAAGCUGGCGUAUGCUCUAUAGCAGUGCUUCUCAACCUUCUGAUUGCUGCGACCCUUUAAUACUUCCCUCAGAUUGUGAUGACCCCACCAUAAAAUUAUUUCAUUGCUACUUCAUAACUAAUUUUGGUGUUAUGAAUCAUAAUGUAAAUAUGUGAUAUGCAGAAUAUCCGAUGUGCUAUCCCAAGAGGUCUCAAGCCACCCACUGCUCUAAAGAGUUACACCUGUUCUUUGUGACUUUUUCAGUAACACAUUUUUCUGUGAGAGAAUCAUUCUGCUUCCAUAAGGUCCAUCCAUAUGGUCUUCCAACUACUCACCUUAUAAUUCCUUUAAUAUUUAACAUAAAUGCAUAAAAACAGUCUAGGCUAUAGCCUGUAGAAGCUCUAUGUCUCAUGUUGUAAACUGGUAUUUUACAAGUGAGCAAUCUAUAGUAACUUAGGGCAUUUACUAAUGUAAAACCUUUAUUUGUAAGUAUUAAAAUUCUCAUAUAUAAGCUAAGCAUUAUUGAGCAAAAAGGCAAGCUUUAUUUUGGGGAAAUUAAAGUUUAUGUCAGGAGGCUUUGGUAUAUGAUCCAUAUAAAUAACUAUUCUUAUAAAAAUGAACACUUGAAUUUAAAUGAAGAUUUUUAAUAAAUUCAGUACUUAAAUAAAACUUCAACUCAAAUGAAUAAAGAAAUUUAAAACAAACACAAAAGUUUACAACUGAAUACACUUAUUUUGUAAACUUUCCUAAGGCAACGAAGAUAAACUAUACAUCUUAUCUACUCUUCCCUAUAAGUUCUGGUUAUAGACUCUGCUACAAAAAUACACAUACAACUACUAUCAUGUUAUACCCUCAUACAAAUGCCUAUAAAAUUCUGGGUCUUAAGGGAAAAUAUAUGUAAAAUAUUAUGGUUUUUUAACAGGUGGAAAACCUAGGGAAAUAGAGAGCUUGAAUGAAAAUUUCAUUUCAUAACUAUGAGAUGAGAAUACCAUCCCAAAAUACUUUAUGGAAUUUUUAUAUUCAGUCCUCAUAAAGCUAUGUAACAUUUCAUAGCUGUUAGACACUAGCAACCUUUACGUGCACACAUGCACUUCUUCCAAUCUUGAGGUGACAAGCACUAUGAUGCAGUGCCUGCCUCAGCUCGUUUGUUACAGGUAUGCAGGACAAGACAUUGCUGGAGUUACCUGAUGGCUGCUGAGACCGCCUGCCCAUUGUGUGAAGGUAAACGGGGCAGCGGAGCCCUACUGUGGACUCUGUGAUCACACACAGUAAUGCUUUGAAAGUCGGGGACUGUAAAUACACAUGCUUCUGGAAAAUCCUGGGAUAAAUGCUUUCAAAAUACAGAUUACAACCAGUCACAAUGCUGUCUUAACUGGCUCACUUUAUAUCUAACCCAAAACUUCUAUCAAGUGUUUGUACACCAGGUACUUUUUCAAAGUAGGAGACAGUCUACUGAAAAAGUGGAGUAGUCUAACUGAAAAGGGGCUCUGCCCAGCAACAGAGUUUGGAGAAAGGCCCUCUGGUUACAAAUUUGAAUAGGGUUUGUAAAUAAACUAAACUAGAAUCAAAAGGACCUAAGCAAAAAGGCAAAUAAUUAACUUGUUAAACUCUGCUAAUUCUGAUCUCAGCUGUUAUGUAUAUGUGUAUGUUUUAAGUGUAUGUGUGAUUAUGUAUGAAAAUACAUAUACAUACUGACUCCUAUGACUAAAAGAAAAAUAAAUAGUAGGGGACAACACACACAUGUACACAAACAUAAUCACACAACAAUAAUGUUAUAGAAUAAAUAUCUCAUUUUCAAACAAACAAAUGAUGCUUAACGAAAGGGUAUUUUCCCCUAUUAAAAACCAUUCCUUUCUCUGAGGAUUCAAACAGUGAGCAGAAUCGCCUGCAAGGCCGGGCUGGGACACCUCCUGUGGACUAAGUGCUAGCAUCUGGGCAAGCAUCGCCAGCCACAGCAGCAAAGCAGAGGCGCUGGCUUUAGACUUCGCACUCAGGAGGAGGCAGAGUUUCUGAUGAACAGUGGCCUUGAAUGACUCUCAUGAUCCCAGGACAAGAAUGAAUAGAAGAAGUGAACUUUUAUUUACUUACCUUUCUAUCUGCAGCAUUCCUGACACAUUACAUGCAGUUUACUGCAUUAAAUCCCUAGGAAUUAAAAGCUUAAGCCUCCAAAUUCUUUAUGAGGAAUGACAGAAUCAAAACUUAAUACGCCUCAAUUAUUUGCAGCCUGAAGUUUUCCUCGUUUGGAGACAAUUUUCCCCUGUGUGACUCUCAGUCUUAUAACCAACCUGCAUCAGCUACUUUCAACCUCUGUUUCAUUAAGUACCUUUUCAAAUUGGUCAUCUCUGCUAGUAGGUAUGAACCUAAGACCAUAUUGUUAUCAAGAACCCAGUUAAUCAUGUUUCUGAAAGUCUCCCCUAUUCCUGCCAUUGACAACUAUGCUUUGAACACCAGAAUCAUUCUGGGCUCUGCAGACACCAUAAUGUCCUGGUCAGGUGCUGAUGUGCAAUCAGUGGGGGAAAGACCAAGUGACUGACGUUAAGGGCAACAAAAAUUCUGUACCAUAUAUACAUCGUAGCAAAUACUUUAUAUGUGAGAAUCUUUACAGCUUACAUUUCCAUUCCAUUAUUACAAGUGGUGAAAAACAAGAAUUGCAAAUAGCAUGCAAAUUAUAAUACAGUCUUCCCACUUCGCCAACAACAUCCCCACUUUCGAGUGUUACUUCCCAAUUUUUGCAGGAACUGCCUGCAAAGCUGAAACUGAUUAGAAAAAUUCUUUAUACUUUAAAAUAUCUCUUUCUCCUUUUAUGAGAAGCCAAAUAGCCAACCAUCAAAAGUAAAAAUAAAUUGAAUCGUCACAGUCCAUUAGUUAUUGUUACUAGGUCCACUUCAUUUGCAGGUGUCCAAAAUAUAAAAUGAAUAAUUCUUUAUCUUCAAAUUCAUCUGUUCUUAAAAUGCUACUUAAAACUUUGGUUGUUUUCCUGUAAUAUAGAAGAAAGACAAUUCAUCAAUUAGAUUAACUAAAUACAGUUUUCACAAAUUAGCUUAUUCAACCAAGUACUAUGAACCUACUUCUAUCUAAAUGCAUGUUACUAUAGAAACUAUUAAAGUGACUAUCAAAUACAGUUGUGUUUCAGUAAGCCUGUGUAAUCCAUUCUUAUAAAUAGUAAAUUGUAUUCCAAGUCUGGUGUUCUGUUUCUGUGAUGCCUAGUUUUAUAAAUGUUGUAAUGUAUAAAGCAAAAGUAAGCAAUUCUAAUGUAAGUUUACUCAAAAGAACUUUGUCAAGCUUUUAUUAGCAAAAUAAAGUGUCAAUGAAUUAUUUAAGCCUGAAAUAAAGUGACCUUGUUUUAUGU